CGCGAGGAGGGCCGCUUUUCUAUAUAUAAGAUCGCGGGCCGCAGUCGACGAAAGAGAAUCCAGAGGCAAACUUUUCACAGGAACCUUUUUCAAACACAGUUUCUGCGAAUGAACAACAUACAGUGACUCUAUCUAGUUGGUAUGUCACCGAUCUUCUGAGUGGAGGGAGGAGAGAAAUUGUAUCGCUCUUCGCUUGCCAAACAGGAGAGAGACUGCUCAAAACACAAGAACCAGGUGCAGAUACCGAAAAUAAUUCUACUCCGCUGAGGAAGAAAGAAGGGACGAAGAAGAAGAAGAAGAAGAAAAGGAAGUAGAAGGAGGAGAAGGAGAAAGAGGAGAAGGAGGAGGGACGGGGAAGAAACGGACAGAGUGGCGCGGUAAAAACCACGCUCGUUCAUUGAGCAGCAGCAGCAGCAGCAGCAGCAGCAGCAGCAGCAGCAGCAGCAGUAACAUCCAGCGGAAUCGGACCCACUUACCCAGCGAAAAGAAGCGCCACGCACGACACGAACGUUGAAGGUCGCCGCAACGGAGAGAUCGAAGCGAAGAAUGCAGGCGCAGUCUCGACUGCGCGCUGGCGAACCGUUAGGACUAUCUUCCACUUCCACCACCACCACCACCGCCACCACCGCUACUACUACUACUACUCCACCCAGUGGCUGCUGCUUCCGUGUGAAUUCUGUGACUUUCUCGGAUUCGAACUACGGCCGUGUGGGACGUUUGCUAGGAGGUGGUAGCGUCAUGAGGACGUCACCCGCUGUGCUCGUUUGCGUGGUUGUGUUGUUGCUGUCGGUGCAUGGAGUGUCUUCAGCCCAUCUGGUCAAGGUAGGUCAAUCUGAACAUCCCAAGCCGGUUACUGAACAGGAGUUUGUGACAGCCCACAAGGAAGCUGCUCGGUCCAUGGAGCCCAACAAGGACAACGGCGAGCAAGCGGACAGCUCGGGCACCUUUGACGUAGCGGCAGUGUUGUGUGAGAAAUACACGGAGUGGUCAAAGUGGUCUUCGUGCAGUCGGAAGUGUGAACAAACUCGUGUGCGCAGGUGCAAGAAACCGGAAGAUUGUGGCAGGAGUUGGGUGAAAGAAAAGAGAACAUGUACUCGCGCUCGAGGCGCGUGUGUUCCUUUGUCGUACAAGGUGAUCGGAGUUCAGAAGCGGAAUCGUAUGAUAGAGGAGCUGCUGUAUGACCUUCUGUAUGGUCAGUGGACGGAGUGGGGUCCUUGCACACGCUCCUGUAGACAGAAGAGGCAGCGGCAGUGCAAGUACCAUGCCGUCUGUGUGCAUUCCUACAUUCAGGAGGAGAGAAGGUGCCAGGUGGUAGGGUCGAGAUGCGAGCACAGGUACAGCCUCAAACCCCUGGGAUUUGGGAAAGACGAUACCCGGACUGACUCGGAAGAUGAGGUGGAUAACUCGGACGACUCAGACGGUGAGGACGAGGAGGAAGACUACGACAACGACAACGAAGGAGGAUCCGAUGAAACCUCAGACAGCAAUAGCAGUAGCAGUAGCAGUAGCAGUGAAGUAGUAGAAGAAGAAAAAGAAGAAGGAGGAGGAGGAGGUGGGGAUAAAAGUGAAAGCGACAAUGGUGCAUUUGACAUUGUGAGUGAGGACGACAAGAAAAACAUGACCAGCCAGACCACCAAAAUCUUCCGAAAAGGUGGCUGGAGACCAAAAGGGGACUCACGGAAGAAGAACCGAAAGUUACACCGUGGAGGCGGCGGCCCAAAGCUGGGAAGAGACGUGACAUUAGCUCAGAAAAACUGUGGCAUCAGACCCAAGGCCACAUCCGGCUCCUAUCGUGUCGUGGGCGGUCAGGAGGUGCGCAAGAACAGCUGGCCCUGGCAGGCCUACGACCCCACACAAGAAGAUAUCCGACCCGAGAAGGAGUUCCCUCACCCGGACUUCGACUACCACACGAUAACCAACGAUAUCGCACUUAUCAAGCUCAAGCACCCACCCUCCGCCUUCACCUCCCCCGGGUAUGCGUGCCUGCCAACAGUUGAUUUUAAACCUCCUCGAGAUCAGCUGUGCUCCAUUGUGGGCUGGGGCAAGCUGAAAAACACGCACAUCUACGGGUCUGAAUCCCUCAUGGAGGCCAAAGUGCCGGUCGUACGACACCGGAAGUGUCAGCGGGUGUUUGCUUAUGACAUCACUGACAACCAAGUUUGCGCCGGCUACAAGCGAGGUGGGAUUGACUCGUGCGCGGGUGACAGCGGUGGUCCGCUGUUGUGCAGCCGGUCUAUAAACGGAACAGAUAGGUAUGUGCUGUUCGGCGUUACUAGCUACGGAGAAGGAUGUGGUCGGAAGGGGAAGUACGGCAUUUACACGAGAGUCAACAGUUAUCUGGACUGGAUAGAAAAGACCAUCAGCGAGAACAGAUGAGACGCGCCGCCCAAAGUGGGAGCGGAUAUCCGGAAAUGACGUGUAAUUUGACAUUUGCUAGAUAACUUGCGGCAUUCUCAGACAGCUCGGAGUUUCUGUUUUCACACGAGUGUUGGUGGUGGCUGAAGAUACGCUGUGCGUGAACUCGGGAAGAGGUGCGCAUUUUAAUUUUGGGAAUCGAAACCGAAUUGUGAUGGGGGAGAUGUGAGCUCUGGGAUACAUAUUAUUAUGUUGUACUUUUAUAGAAUGGUUGGUCCUGCACAGUCUAAUCUGUUGCGGAAUCCAUCUGAACUCUUCCCAAGAGACAGACUGUUGACUUGCCCAAGUAUCAAAGCUGUUGCCAUAUUUUUUUUUUUUACUUCAGGGCAAAGUGGGCUCCGCCUGCUUGAGUUAUCUUUGGGUAUUUUGGUUUUGUUGUUUUUUCUACAAUGCAGGUACAUUAUCCAUGUCUCCGGCGAUUUGUGUGUAUAUUCAAAUUUUUCUGACCUCGUUCUUGUUCAGCCCACACCCAGCACACUCCCAAAUCUCCAAUUUGUUGUUGGUUCUUUUCAAUUAUUUCUGUACGUAACUUCCCGUUGGAUCCUUCUCCCCAGUGGCCAUAAUGUUCUGUUUUCACGUGUUACUCGAUUAUGUAAGAUGUACACCGGGUAUGCCGCUCAUUUUGUAUUUCAUGUUUUGUUUGUUGGUUUGUAUUUUUUUGUAUAAAUUAGAAUUUUUAGUGAUUUGUCAACGUUCAGUGAGUAGCAUAACAUGUCAGACUGAGAGAGACGAGAAUGUGAUCAGAAGUAUGGCCCUCGAUAGACGUUGCAGCGAGACAUAAUAAGUACCAUACUGGUUCUCGUUCGGAAUGUACUUUGAUAGCAAUAUUCAAUUUGAGGCAAGUUGCAUUUUACGUUUAUCGAAUCUUUUGACAGAAAAGAGACACAGGCGGUACUGAUAUUGUUGUCGGAACAAAAUGAGUAAGCUCAGAGAAAUGUAACUCGUAAAGAACAUUGAUGAGGCGAGAAUUUUGUUGUUAAAUUGUAAAUAUUUGCCAGCGAUUAUUUGCGAUAUAUAUAGAGAACUGAAAACUAAUAAUAUAGCGUUAAUUUUCGAAAAUCUUCACUUUAGUUAUCGAAACUGUUAUAGCCAUUCUUUUGAGAUAAAUGGAUAAUUAUGAAAGUCUAUGUUGAUUUCGGCUUUAUAGAAAUUGGGCACAGUACUGAGAAAUGUUAUUUUUUGGCCUCUUUUUUAUCUUACUCAAAGGACCCAAAAUCCUUAAAUUGUUCUAUAUAUUUUCAUAAGCUUUGCUUUGUCAAAAUCUAAGCAGGAAAAGACGGGUAAUUAUGUAUGACUGUUUGAAAUAGAGACAAGGCACUGACCAAUACGUACAGUAAAUAGCUGACUAUUUUAAAGUUUAUGCUUCUUUUUAUUUUGUCGUGUUUACUCAGUGUGUCAUUUCGUAUUGCAUAGUUCCUACUUAUGAUCCGUAGAACUUUUAAUUUCAAAAAUCAAAAGUGUUAUGCGAUAAUGAUUUUUAUUGUAAAUUUGAAUAUUUAAGAUAUUUUUUGAAGUUCUCUCUAUACCACAUUGGCGUGGACUCUUCUGACAACGCCAAGCGUAAUAGUUUUUCAAGUACGGGUGAUUUCUUUAAAUGUCAUGUCAUUUUGUGCAUCAUGUAUUGAUUAUUUCUCGUGAACAUCAAGUCAUACAUUCGUGCAUUAUUAUGUAAGGUGAAUGACUGGCGAGCGAGUCGGGGAAUAUGUGCAAAAAAGAAGCCUUGUUUUAAGGUUUAUAUGUAUUGCCAAAUAUCAGCUCUUUAUAUCGUCUCAAAUUUCAUUUGUGACCUUGCCUAUUUGCCUGUUGUAUUAAACGUAUAAUGUAAUUGAAUGUUCUGAAUAUAAUUUAAUGCGUAUAAUUAUGUUAGACUUAAUUUUGUCCAAUGACUGUUUCUCAUUGGUCAGCUGUGUCGUUGGACCUUUCAUCAUCCUACAACUGAUCCGCUUUUUUACGCCUUGUACAAACAAAAAAA